GGGCACCUCCUUCGUAGUUACACAAUUUCAAGGAACGACAGAUAUCGCGAGAUCAUGACCAGGAAGUGUCUUACUCCACGUGAAAUACUGCUUGUCGUAGUUUAACGCUGUAACAUCAAUGGCGGGACAACUGAAGCGACGUCUGAAGGAGGCAGUUAAGGUGAUCGGCUCCGGGAGUUUCCUGUUCGUGUCCUACCUCACAGCAAUAGGCGACGAGCGCUUCUAUGCCAACCAGCUAAUGCCUAUCCUGCACAGGAUUGUGGGACCAGAGACGGCCCAUGUGCUGGCUGUUCGCUUCAUCGGUAUGGGACUAACACCCCGCAGCAGGUACCAGGAUCCUGCCUCUCUGGAAGUGAAUGUCUUGGGCUGCCGGUUCCGUAACCCGGUGGGGAUCGCCGCCGGGUUCGACAAGCACGCGGAGGCUGUGGACGGGCUGUACCGGCUGGGGUUCGGGUUCGUGGAGGUCGGGACGGUCACGCCACUACCCCAGGAGGGGAACCCCAAACCCCGGGUGUUCCGGCUGAUUGCUGACCAGGCGGUGGUGAACAGGUACGGAUUCAACAGCUGUGGUCUCGCUGUGGUCCAGGAGCGACUAAAGGCGAGGGAGUCUAUCCAAUCACAGCUCACCCAGGCCGGCCGGCCAAUGGGAGUCAACCUGGGCAAGAACAAGCUGUCGCCGGACGCGGCGUCGGACUUCGCGCAGGGCGUGCGCGCGCUGGGGCCCCUGGCGGAUUACCUGGUGGUGAACGUGAGCAGUCCCAACACGCCGGGGCUCCGGGACCUGCAGGGCCGGGAGGAACUGCGCCACCUGCUGGCCAAGGUUCUGCAGGAGAGGAACGCGCUGAAGGGCCGGCGGCCAGCAGUGCUGGUGAAGAUCGCCCCCGACCUCAGUCUGCAGGACAAGAGGGACAUCGCUGAUGUCAUCACUGAGCUGGGCGUGGAUGGGCUCAUUGUGUCCAACACCACAGUCUCCAGGUCGGCGGCGCUGAUGGACCCGCACCGGGUCGAGACCGGGGGCCUGAGUGGCAGACCACUGCGUGACGUCUCCACCUGCACCGUGCACGAGAUGUACUCUCUGACUGAAGGGAAGGUGCCCAUCGUCGGAGUCGGGGGCGUGUCCAGCGGGCAGGACGCCCUGGAUAAGAUCCGUGCCGGCGCGUCAUUGGUGCAGCUGUACACGUCACUCACCUACGAGGGCCCACCCAUCGUCACCAGGGUUAAGAGGGAGCUGGAACAGCUGCUGAAGGAGCAGGGGUUCCACAGCGUCUCUGAGGCCGUGGGCGCUGAUCACAGACGGGCCGAGGCCGAAUCCUGACGCGGCCAAUGGCAGCAGCUCCUCCAGCUCACCCUCGCCCUCGCCCUCGCCCGAGAGAGACCGGCCUCACUCCGGCGUCCCGCUCCACUCCACCCGCCGUGCGGGAGCACCUGGCCUUCAGUGGCCGACGGGCAGCGGUCCACUUACCUCACCUCCGCGGGACAGGGAGGUCCCGCCUCCCGACACGGCCCUGUCCGUGUGUGUAACGUGUGUGUGUAAUAUACUGUGAUAUGGAGAAAAACGAGAGACACAAAAGUGCUUGAAAGGCAAUAGUAGAUUAAACUAUUGGCCCUGGCAGUAUUUAUUGAAAUGAAAUUGUUGAUAUAAUGUACACCGUCUUAUACAAUGUAAUGCAUAAACUUUACUGUGCUCUUUAA